AUGUCGUCCGAGCUUCAAGCCGCUCUCGAGGUCGCCGUUGCGAGCUUCGUCGCUCGCAACCCCAAGUCCAAGGCUCUCCAUGAGGAGGCCGUCAAGACGUUCCCCGGCGGCAACACGCGAACCGUGCUUCACACCAGCCCCUUUCCCCUCUGCAUGAAGUCUGGCAAGGACUUCCAGGUCGUCUCCGAAGACGGCGACACAUACACGGACUUGACGGCCGAGUUCACGGCGGGCCUGUACGGGCACUCCCACCCGGUCAUCCUCGCGGCGCUGGAUCACGUCGUCCGCGACGUCGGCCUCAGCGUCGGCGCGACGACGGCGCAGGAGCAGCUCUUCGCGCGCGCCCUGUGCGACCGCUUCGGCCUCGAGCGCGUCCGCCUGGCCAACUCGGGCACCGAGGCCAACCUGCACGCUCUCGCCGCCGCCAAGCUCUUCACCAAGAAGAGCAAGGUGGUGGCGUUUGGCGGCGGCUACCACGGCGCCGUGCUCGGCUUCAAGGACGGCAAGGUCGCGCCCAACAACGUCGACAAGGCCGACUGGAUCGUCGCCAAGUACAACGACGUCGAGGGUGCGGUCGAGGCCGUCAAGAGUGAGGGUGUCGCCGCGGUCAUCCUGGAGCCCAUGCAGGGAUCCGGCGGCUGCAUCUACGGCACGGCCGAGUUUCUCACUGCCGCCGGCGUCGUCUUCAUCGUCGACGAGGUCAUGACCUCGCGCAUCUCCGGCGGCGGCCUGGCCGCCGUGCACGGCCUCAAACCCGACAUGAAGACCUUUGGCAAGUGGCUCGGCGGCGGCGUCGCCUUCGGUGCCUUUGGCGGCCGCGAGGACAUCAUGGCCGUCUACGACCCGCGCGUCGCGGGCUCCGCCGCCCACUCCGGCACCUUCAACAACAACACCCUCGUCACCCACUGCGGCCACGCCGGCCUCACCCAGGUGUACACGCCCGCGGUUGCCGAUGCCUUCACCAGGACGGGCGACGACCUGCUCGCCCGCCUCAACCAAGUCAGCGAGGGCACCAAGCUCUGCUUCACCGGCACCGGCACCGUCGCGACGAGUCACUUCGUCGCCCACGGACCCCGCGACAUCGCCGACGCGCUGGACGUGACGGAGAUUGGCGAGCUGAAGGACCUCUUUUGGUUUUAUCUGCUGGAGAACGGGUUCUGGGUCACGCGCCGUGGCUUCUACGCUCUGGUUCUCGGGACGCCUCAAUCGGAGCUUGAUCGGCUCGUUGCUGUCGUCAAGGACUUCCUGACCAAGUAUGCAGCCUUGGUCAAGGUGGAAGCGGCAUAG